UAUUCUAAAAACUCAAACCAAAAGUUGUUAGCUUGCCGACGAAUUUUUGUUUAAAUAAAACAUUUUUCUUGCAAAAAUGGCUACAAAUUUAAAACUCACUAAAAAGAAAUACACGCAGAAUGAUUUGCGGCGUUUAAUGCAGGAACAAAAAUCCAAAACCCAGCAACGUGUGGUCGAGCAAAAGAUUGAUUCGCCUCUAGCAAAGUAUAACGAUCAAGGUCAACUUACAUGCAUACUUUGCAAAAGCGUCGUACGCUCGGAAUCCGUAUGGAAAGUUCACAUCAACACAAAAGCCCACAAGGCUAAUGUCGAAGUCGCAAAGAAACUCAAGGAACAAUUACAACAACAAUCCACCACCAACCAAAAUCAGCUGAAACGAUCUAAUGCAACAGGAGCAACAGAUAAUCAUGACGUUUCCAAAGAAAAGAAAAUCAAAUUGGCAAAUGAAAAAUUGCGUGAACCAGCCCAUGGCAAUGGUGGAGUACCGAGUGAUUUCUUUGAUAACAAUGCCAAGCCACAUACUGUGUCUAUCCUCUCAAAAGGAUCUAUUGAAAUUAGUACAACAAAGUCAACUGAAGCCGAUGCGAAAGACGAAGUUCUGCCCGAAGGAUUCUUUGAUGAUCCCAUCAAAGAUGCUAAAAUCCGAAAUCUAGAAUACAAAGAUCCUCAAGACGAGGAAUGGGAUCGGUUUCAGCGUGAAAUCAAAGAAGCAGCGACACUUUCGAAUGAAAUAAUUGCCGGCGAGCAGGAAGAAGCUACUGUUGAGAGACAAAUCAAAGAAAUCGACGAGCAAAUCGAAAGAUGGUCCAAAGUAUUGGACUUGGAGAAGAAAAAAGAAUAUGUUUCGAGCAAACUUAAAGAGAGACCUGUGAAAAUGGACGAGGAUAGUACGGAUGAGAGUGAGCCGGACGAUGAGAAUUUCGAUGAAUUCCCUGAUUGGAGGGCGAAAAAGUUUCAUCGAUAGACUGAUUAAUUAGCAAUUUUUUUGUUUAAGUUAUUUUUGUACUCGUUUUUGUAAAAUAUAUAAGAAAUAUAAAACAACAAACAAAA